AUGGAGCAGCGCGGAGGUCCCGGCAGCGCAGGCAGGGGGGGCAGGCGGCAGGCGGGGCCCUGGGGGCUGCUUCUCGCCCUUUGCCUGGUCCUGGCCCCGGCCCUGCCGCCCCCCGUCCGGGCGCUGCCGCCCCCCGGCCCGCACCACCCGCCCGACAGGUUGAACCGGUCCCGGGAGAUGCUGGAGGCCGCCAACACCUCCCCGCAGCGGCUGCAGGAGCUCAGCAUACUGGAAUUUAAAUGUAUCCUUGAAGAGGCUGACCUGGAUGAUAUCACUAAGAAUCAAACCAACACGAUAAAAGCUUGUAUCCCUGAGGAUCCUGGGAGAAAAUGCCUGCAGGCAAUAUAUGAGGAUCUGAGUGCCUACAGGGCAGAGCUGAGGAACCUCAGCAAUCAACAGGUGCUGGCAACUAUUGAUAAGAUGAUGGAAGCCCUGCAGGGCAGCGGCAGGAGUGGGGAGCAGCCCGAGGUGGGCAGGGGUCUCCCCUUGCCCAUUGGGGAGCAGCUGAGGCUCUGCAGCAUCCUCCACACCUUCCGCACCCGCGCCCUCACCAUCACCCGCCUGAUGAGCUUCUUCAGCUCCCAGGAGAGCUCCUUCUGA